UCUGAAGGGCUCGGUUUGUCAAGAAGGUGCCAAUUAAAAGAAGCGGACGAGCAACUGCCUUGGACACUGUUAAACCGAAUAAAUUAAUCGAUCAUAUUCCUGACGGAGACAUUCUUCGCAAGUGCAUCCGAAAAUCCCGAGGUGCUUUCUUGAAAACGCCUCCCAAGUUUGAACUGAACUUGUUUUUGCCAUAAGGCCGCGAAAAGUUUACGCGCAUUUUUAGCACACAAGUGCAACCGAAGUAUAUAAAAGGGAUCAUGAUGAGCAAUAACUACGGGGAAGAGCCGCUGCCUCCACAGUACUACCAGGCCGCGGACUACGGGGAAGAGGAGGACGACGAGAUGCCCGCCACGGAGAAGGAUCUGGCCGAGGAUGCGCCAUGGAAGAAGAUCCAGCAGAACACGUUUACCAGGUGGUGCAACGAGCAUCUCAAGUGUGUCAACAAAACCAUCACCGACCUGCAGAAGGAUUUUAGCGACGGCCUCAAGCUCAUUUCUCUCCUGGAGGUGCUGAGCCAAAAGAAAAUGUACCGGAAGCAUCACGCGAGACCCAACUUUAGACAGAUGAAGUUGGAAAAUGUAUCAGUGGCGCUGGAGUUCUUGGAUAGAGAAAGAAUUAAAUUAGUGUCUAUUGAUAGCAAAGCCAUUGUGGAUGGCAAUCUGAAGCUGAUCCUGGGUCUUAUCUGGACUCUCAUUCUGCACUACUCCAUCUCCAUGCCCAUGUGGGACGAUGAGGAUGAUGAAGAGACGAAGAAACUCACUCCCAAACAGAGACUCCUCGGCUGGAUUCAAAACAAGGUGCCUCAGCUGCCCAUCACCAACUUCAACCGGGACUGGAGAGAUGGAAAGGCCCUUGGAGCUCUGGUGGACAACUGUGCCCCAGGCCUGUGUCCUGAUUGGGCAGAGUGGGACCCUAACAAGCCCGUGCAGAAUGCCAGAGAAGCCAUGCAACAAGCUGAUGACUGGUUGGGCGUACCUCAGGUGAUUGCCCCUGAGGAGAUCGUGGACCCAGAUGUGGAUGAGCACUCUGUCAUGACCUACCUGUCCCAGUUCCCCAAGGCCAAACUCAAGCCCGGUGCUCCUCUUCGUAACAAACAACUAUUCCCCGAGAAAGUCAAAGCCUAUGGACCCGGUAUUGAGCCCCAUGGUAACAAAGUCUUGCAGCCUGCUGUCUUCACUGUGGAGACCCUGGAGGCUGGCAGCGGUGAAGUGCUGGUCUAUGUAGAGGAUCCUGAAGGACACAAAGAGGAGGCCAAGGUUAAACCAAACAAAAACAAGAACCAAACGUACACGGUCACUUAUCUGCCCAAAGUCGAGGGUCUCCACAAGGUGAAAGUGUUGUUUGCAGGUCAGGACACUGACAAAAGCCCUUACUCUGUCAAUGUGGCUAAAGAUAUAGGUGACCCCAAUAAGGUCCAUGCCAGAGGACCAGGCCUGGAGCCCACUGGGAAUGUGGCCAACAAACCUACCUACUUUGACAUAUACACGGCAGGCGCUGGUAAUGGAGACGUGAGUGUGGUGAUAGUGGACCCUCAGGGCAAAAAGGACACGGUGGAGCUGAUUUUAGAAAACAAGGGUGACAGUGUGUUCCGCUGCACCUACAGGCCCGUGCUGGAGGGCCCACAUACCAUCCAUGUCCUGUUCGCAGGACAGGAGAUCCCCAAGAGCCCUUUCACUGUCAACAUCGCAGAGGCUAUAAACCCAAAUGCGUGCCGAGCUACAGGCAGAGGUCUACAGCCUAAAGGGGUGAGAGUAAAGGAGGUUGCAGACUUCAAAGUCUUCACCAAGGGAGCUGGCAGCGGAGCACUGAGCGUCUCCGUCAGAGGACCUACCGGAGCAGAGGAGCAAGUCAAGGUCCAUGAUGCAGGAAAUGGAGUUUAUGAGUGUGAAUAUUACCCACAGAGGCCUGGCAAAUACACUGUCACUAUCACAUGGGGUGGGCAGCCCAUCCCACGCAGCCCCUUCGAAGUGGAGGUGGGUCCCGAGGCAGGCUUCCAAAAAGUGAGAGCCUGGGGUCCUGGCCUGAAGACGGGCAUGGUUGGGAAAUCUGCUGACUUUGUGGUGGAGGCUAUUGGCACUGAAGUUGGAACUUUGGGCUUCUCCAUUGAGGGCCCCUCUCAGGCUAAAAUUGAGUGUGAUGACAAAGGCGAUGGCUCUUGUGAUGUACGAUAUUGGCCCACUGAGCCCGGUGACUACGCCGUCCAUGUCAUUUGUGAUGAUGAGGACAUUAAGGACAGCCCCUUCAUCGCACACAUUCUCCCUGCUGCAAACGAUGUCUUCCCUGAAAAGGUGAAAGCUUUUGGACCUGGGCUGCAGCCGACUGGUGUGAUUGUCAACAAACAGACUGAAUUCACCAUAGAUGCUCGCAUGGCUGGGAAAGGUCAACUGAAGAUCUAUGCCCAGGAUGCAGAGGGAUGCUCCAUCAACAUCAAGAUCACUGACAAGGGAGACGGCACAUUCCACUGUGUGUACACUCCACUCAAGCCCAUUAAACACACCAUCAUUAUUACCUGGGGCGAAGUCAAUGUGCCCAACAGCCCCUUCAGGGUUCUGGUUGGAGAGGGCUCUCAUCCCGACAGAGUCAAGGUCUAUGGGCCUGGAGUGGAGAAGACGGGGCUCAAGGCUAACGAGCCAACAUACUUCACCGUAGACUGCAGCGAGGCCGGCCAAGGGGACAUCAGCAUCGGUAUCAAGUGUGCUCCGGGCGUGGUAGGGCCAGCAGAGGCUGACAUCGACUUUGACAUCAUCAAAAAUGACAAUGACACCUUCACCGUCAAGUACACUCCCCCUGCCCCAGGACGUUAUACUAUUAUGGUCUUGUUUGCUGACCAGGAAAUCCCUGUUAGCCCAUUCAAAGUCAAAGUGGAUCCUUCCCAUGAUGCUGGCAAAGUGAGAGCUGAGGGUCCCGGACUGAAUAAGACAGGAGUAGAAGUAGGCACUCCAACCCACUUCACCAUCUACACAAAGGGAGCUGGUAAAGCUAAGCCUGAGGUGCAUUUCGCAGCAUCUGCCCCAGGAGAGGCUGUUCGUGACUUUGAAAUAAUUGACAAUCAUGACUACUCCUACACUGUCAAGUAUACCGCACUUCAACAGGGAAACAUGGCUAUUACAGUAUUGCAUGGAGGUGAUCCUAUUCCCAAGAGCCCCUUCCACAUUACAGUUUCACCACAGCUUGAUCUGACCAAGGUUAAAGUUGAGGGAUUAGACACCAAAGUGGAGGUCGGAAAAGAUCAGGAGUUCACUGUAAACACAAAGGGCGCUGGUGGGCAGGGCAACGUAGGCGUGAAAAUGACCUCACCUUCUGGCCGACCAAUCCCUUGCAAGAUGGAGUCGGAUCAAGCAAAAGGCAUCCACAACGUGAAGUAUAUCCCCCCGGAGGAGGGGCAGUACAAGGUUGAUGUCAGCUAUGAUGGCAACCCAGUGAUGGGCAGCCCCUUCGGAGUAGAAGCUGUGAUGCCUGCUGAUCCUUCAAAGGUCCGAGCGUACGGCCCAGGCCUUAAGGGAGGUGUCGUGGGUAAACCUGCUCCCUUCACGAUUGACACAAAAGGUGCAGGAGCUGGUGGUCUGGGUUUGACAGUGGAAGGUCCCUGUGAGGCUAAGAUUGAAUGCCAGGACAAUGGAGAUGGCACCUGCUCCGUGGCCUACUUGCCCACAGAGGCCGGCGAAUACGCUAUUAACAUCCUGUUCGCAGAGAAGCACAUCCCUGGAUCUCCUUUCAAAGCUGCCAUUCGCCCAGCAUUUGACCCCAGCAAAGUGACUGCCAGUGGGCCUGGCCUGGACAGGGCAAAAGCCGGUGAACCUGCCACUUUUACUGUGGACUGCACACGAGCUGGAGACGGGGAGCUCACUAUUGAGAUUGUGUCAGACACUGGAGUUAAAGCUGAGGUGCACAUUCAGAAAACAGCAGAAGGCACUUUCUCUGUCACAUACAUCCCAUCUUUCCACGGCACUCACACCAUCACUAUCAAGUAUGGCGGUCAUGUGAUUCCUCAGUGUCCCAAAGUCCUUCAAGUUGAGCCCGCGGUGGAUACAGCUGGAGUUCACGUCUACGGCCCUGGAGUGGAGCCUAGAGGGGUCCUCAGAGAAGUCACAACCCACUUCAUUGUCGAUGCUCGGGCUCUGAACAAGAUCGGGGGAAACCAUGUAAAAGUCCAUAUUAUGAAUCCCUCUGGAGCUAACACUGAGGCCUACAUCACUGACAAAGGAGAUGGCACUUACCGAGUGGAGUACACAGCGUUUGAGGAUGGGAUGCAUCUCAUUGAGGUGCUAUACGAUGACGCGCCCGUUCCCAAGAGUCCCUUCAGAGUGUCAGUGGUGGAGGGGUGUGAUCCCACUCGGGUGCGCGCCUACGGGCCAGGUCUGGAGGGAGGAAUCACUAACAAGCCCAACUGCUUCACCGUGGAGACAAGGGGUGCUGGUACAGGUGGUUUGGGUCUCACCAUUGAGGGCGCCUCUGAAGCCAAAAUAUCCUGCAAAGACAACAAAGAUGGCAGCUGCAGCGUGGAGUACGUCCCGUUCACUCCUGGAGACUAUGAUGUCAACAUUAACUACGGAGGUCACCCCAUUCCUGGGAGCCCCUUCCGUGUCCCGGUGAAAGACCCUGUGGACCCCACCAAAGUCAAAUGCUCUGGUCCAGGACUGGGGUCUGGAGUGAGGGCUCAUGUCCCCCAAACAUUCACUGUAGACUGUACUCAAGCAGGACAGGCACCGCUGGAUGUCAAACUCUAUGGUCCAACAGGUACUAUGGAGCCUGUUGGCGUGAAGAAUAAUGGUGAUGGGACACACACUGUCCAUUACACGCCAGCUCAGGAUGGCCCAUACACUGUAUCAGUAAAAUAUGCAGACCAGGAAGUCCCACACAGUCCAUUCAAGGUGAUGUCUCAGCCUGGGCACGAUGCCAGUAAGGUCCGCGCCAGUGGUCCUGGUCUAGACACAAAAGGUGUGGCAGCCAGCCUGCCUGUUGAGUUCACCAUUGAUGCCCGCGAUGCUGGAGAGGGACUGCUUACAGUGCAGAUUUUGGAUCCUGAAGGAAAGCCAAAAAAUGCAAGUAUCCAGGACAACAGGGAUGGGACCUACACAGUGUCUUAUGUACCUGACUCCACGGGGCCUUACACAAUCACCAUUAAAUAUGGAGGAGAUGAGAUCCCCUACUCUCCAUAUCGUAUCCAGUCUCUUCCCACAGGGGAUGCUAGCAAGUGUCGGCUUACUGUGUCCAUUGGAGGGCACGGCAUGUCGAGUCUUCAGAAGCUGCAGACCUCCGAGGACACAGUCAUCACUGUCGAUGCAAAGGCUGCUGGGAAAGGCAAGGUGACCUGUAAGGUGCAGACCCCACAGGGAAUGGAGCUGGACAUGGAUGUGGUGGAGAAUCACGAUGGUACCUUUGACAUUUACUACACUGCCCCUGAACCUGGGAAAUAUGUUAUUACCAUCCGCUUCGGGGGGCAGAACAUCCCCAAGAGCCCCUUCCACGUGGUUGCCACAAAUGAGCCUGUCGUGCCCCGUGAUACUGUGGACCCUCUUUUCCGUCCUGUUAAUUUCCUGGUCCCCUUCACGCCACAGCAAGGAGAAAUCACAGGUGAAGUGCGUAUGCCUUCAGGCAAAACCGCCCGCCCGCAUAUCACUGACAAUAAGGAUGGCACCAUUACCAUCAAGUACCAGCCCACAGAGAGAGGCCUGCAUGAGAUGGACAUUAAAUAUGAUUUCAACCACAUUCCAGGAAGCCCUUUGCAGUUCUUUGUGGAUGCGGUAAACAGUGGGGUGGUAACUGCAUAUGGUCCAGGCUUGAGUUAUGGCAUGGUCAACAAGCCGGCAACAUUUACUGUGGUCACCAAAAAUGCAGGAGAAGGUGGCUUAUCUCUGGCCGUGGAGGGUCCUUCCAAAGCAGAAAUCACCUGUAAGGACAACAAAGAUGGCACCUGCACAGUGUCCUACCUGCCCACUGCCCCGGGAGACUACAACAUCAUUGUUAAGUUUGACAACAAGCACAUUCCUGGCAGUCCCUUCACUGCCAAGAUAACUGGGGACGACUCCAUUACCAGGACGUCCCAGCUGAACGUGGGCACAUCGGCGGAUGUGUCGCUGAAGAUAGCAGAGACCGAUAUUAGCUCUCUCACCGCCAGUAUCAGAGCACCAUCAGGAAAUGAGGAGCCUUGUCUGCUCAAACGGCUGCCCAACAGACACCUGGGCAUCUCUUUCACCCCGAAGGAGGUCGGAGAGCAUGAAGUGAGCGUGAGGAAGAGUGGCGUGCAUGUGGCCAACAGUCCAUUCAAAAUUAUGGUUGGCCAGUCAGAGAUUGGAGAGGCCAGCAGAGUCAAAGCCUUUGGCAAAGGACUGGUGGAGGCACACACUUUUGAAAUGGCUGAGUUCUUUGUUGAUACAAGAAAUGCAGGUUAUGGUGGUCUAGCCCUAUCCAUUGAAGGUCCAAGUAAAGUGGAUAUCAACUGUGAAGAUGUAGAAGAUGGAACAUGUAGAGUUACUUAUUGCCCAACCGAACCUGGAAACUACACAGUUAACAUUAAAUUUGCAGAGAAGCAUAUCCCAGGCAGUCCAUUCACAGUGAAGGUGACCGGUGAAGGAAGGAUCAAAGAGAGUAUUACCAGAAAGAGGCAAGCGUCCUCCAUAGCUUCUGUGGGCAGCACAUGUGGGCUUAACCUCAAGAUCCCAGGAAACUGGUUCCAGAUGGUGUCCGCUCAAGAGAGACUUACAAGAACUUUUACAAGAAGUAGCCACACUUAUACGCGAACCGAGCGCACAGAAAUCAGCAAAACCCGCGGGGGGGAGACCAAGAGGGAGGUCCGGGUGGAAGAGAGCACCCAGGUGGGGGGAGGAGGCAGCCCCUUUAGAGACGUCUUUGGAGAUUUUCUGGGCAGAGAGAGUCUCAGCAGUUUCGCAGGGAUCACAGCAAGACCAGAGGUUGAAAGUGGCUCACAAGCAAUGACCGCACAGGUUACCAGCCCCAGUGGCAAAACAGCCGAUGCCGAUAUUGUGGAUGGAGGAAGCAGCACCUACAGCGUUCGAUUUAUCCCACAAGAAAUUGGCCCCCACACUGUCAAUGUCAAAUACAGGGGCCAGCACGUUCCCGGGAGCCCCUUCCAGUUCACAGUGGGGCCAAUGGGUGAAGGAGGGGCACACAAGGUCAGAGCUGGAGGUCCUGGUUUGGAGAGAGGUGUAGCUGGAGCACCCUCUGAAUUUAGUAUUUGGACCCGUGAGGCUGGAGCUGGUGGACUGUCUAUUGCUGUAGAAGGGCCGAGUAAAGCUGAAAUCUCCUUUGAAGACAGAAAGGAUGGUUCAUGUGGAGUGUCCUACAUAGUGAAGGAACCAGGUGACUAUGAGGUGUCCAUCAAGUUCAACAACGAACACAUCCCUGACAGUCCAUUCAUUGUGCCCAUUGCUACACUGUCUGACGAGGCCCGCAGGCUAACUGUCACCAGCCUUCAGGAGAAAGAUUUGAAGGUGAACCAGGAGGCUACAUUUAUGGUGCAAAGGAAUGGGGCGAGGGGUGUGGUAGACGCCAAGGUUCACACCCCCUCUGGCUCUUCUGAGGAGUGCUACGUCUCUGACCUUGACAGUGACAAAAGUGCCAUUCGAUUUAUUCCUCGAGAAAAUGGUGUCCACGCUAUUGAUGUCAAGUUCAACGGGUGCCACAUUCCCGGAAGCCCCUUUAAUGUGCGAGUGGGAGACCUGGGGCUGAUUGGAGAUCCGGGCAUGGUCACUGCACAUGGGCCUGGCCUGCUGGGAGGAACAACAGGCGUUCCUUUGGAGUUUGUGGUCAACACUUGUAAUGCAGGCUCGGGAACCCUCUCAGUCAACAUCGAUGGUCCCUCUAAGGUCAAAAUGGACUGCCGCGAGUGUCCGGAAGGCUACAAGAUCACAUACACGCCAAUGGCUCCAGGCAGCUAUCUCAUUGCUAUUAAAUAUGGCGGACCUCAGCACAUAGUUGGCAGCCCAUUCAAGGCUAAAAUAACAGGUGUCAGAUUGUCAGGGGGUCACAGCCUUCAUGAAACCUCCUCUGUUCUCGUGGAAACUGUCACUAAAACGUCUAAAUUGGGCGGGACCUUCAGCUCCUCUUCUUCCUCUUCCACAUCGGCCAAAUUGGCGUCUGAUGCCAGCAAGGUGCUGUGCCGUGGAACAGGCCUGUCCAAGGCUGUCGUGGGGCAGAAAAACAAUUUUACAGUUGACUGCAGCAAAGCAGGUACCAACAUGCUGAUGGUGGGGGUGCACGGACCUCAUGCCCCCUGUGAGGAGGUGUAUGUAAAGCACAUGGGCAACAAGCAGUAUAAUGUCACAUACGCUGUCAAGGACAAGGGCAGCUACACUGUUAUUGUCAAGUGGGGUGACGACAACGUCCCCGGGAGCCCUUUCAAAGUGGCCGUACCUUAAAAUAAACUGCACCAAUUAGACCCCAUACAGACACCAAUGACAACGGCACUUCUGUCUGUCCUUUUGCACGCUUCAGUGAAAACCGUACCAGUCGCCUAUCAUCGUCCCUCCUCCUGUCACUCCAACUCAAAAUGCACUAAAGACAUUUGCCAACUCCAUGUCAAAAUAAUUGGUGCCAAAGUUUUGUAUUGUCUUCUGAUGUGCACCCUGAAACAUGUUAAGUGCAUAGAGUGAUCUUUUGCUCUCUUCAUGAAAUUCCCCUCAUUUUUUCAUUGCUGAUUUAUGUGAAGAUGUGUGUGAGUAAUUUGCUGUAUUCAGGUGUGGUAUAGUAUGCUUUUGUAUGAUUUCAGAAUGAGAAAGUGAUUUUUUUUUUGUUAUAUUAACCUAUUUUUGCAGACCUAAUAAAGAUCCAUUGCUACCAAAUGCA